AUGAGUGUUUUGCAGCGGAAAAUACGAAACUACUUGGACCUUAAGCGUGAUCUUGAGUCUCAGUACAAGUCCGUAAUCAAGUCCACCAGCGACUCCAACACCGGCCUACAAGACUUGUAUGAGUUUGACCAGCUAUGCUACCUGUACCAUGCAUUGAAGUCUUAUUAUGAUAUUUCUCGAAGCAAUUGGGAUCUGGACUACAGAAACCUUUUGGACGACUUGGCCUCCAUAGUACUGAGAAUGGAAGACAAGAUCCCCAUCGCAGACAUCUUGGCCCAGGCGCCCAAAUUGACUGUCGUGAGACGUCAAUUGCGUGAAAAUGCCAAAGAAGGAGGCAAGGUCGCUUUUAGUAUGGUGCUGCUGAAUGCCGAUAUGGAAAGUUUCCGUCUGAUUGUCAUGUCGCUCGACCUCAAUCAUGUUGAUGUGGAUAGCACAUCUCUGCGACAGCUAUCCCUGAAGGCAGAGACACCGGAGCAGCAAGGAAAGACGGCAUCGACUACCUCAAAACCCGAACAGCCUGCUCCUUCAAAACAGCAUGCUACCCAGCCACAAACAACAACUCCGAGAGCCUCAAACGAGCAGAAACAAACAGAAGCAACACCUCCGACUGCUCAGAACGCACCUCAGCCGAAGGGUACAUUGCCUGGUGCAGUGGUACCACUGGCGGUACAAGCCACAAACCAACAGACUCCACAAACAUCUCGAUAUUCACCAAAUAAUAGGCGCACACCAGGCUCUUUAUCACAGCCAACUCCUUCGCUACAAAAGCCUACGGCUUUCGCCAGCCAAAAGAGGCCAACACAACUGGACUCAUCGCCUCAAAAGCGCCCUAAGCAAGUCUUCUUCACUCAUUUGAACGACUGGACACCUGAGCAUGUGCAAUGCGUUUUCAGAUGUGCUAUCAUGGCGCCCCAUCGAGUUUCAGAAAGCAUCCAAGAAGGAUUCGAGAAGUCUUUCAACAUCAAAAUUUCCCUCGAAGCAGCUCACGCUCUUCAACUGCAUUACGGCAUCCUCCCAGAGACCAUGAACGACUACAAAUAUUACAUGCAAUCAUUCCACACUGUGGCCUCGAAGUUCUUCGCCAACAGGCAACAUUACGUCACUGAGCCAUGGGCUGAAUUAAAGAAACUGUUUCUGCGGAAAACAAACCUUCAGCUUUCGGACGACGACGUGAAGGGUCGCUACGAACUUUUCAUUCUUCAUAGACAAACCUAUGGCCCACAAGGCGAACCUCCAGCCUACUACGAAAACGCUUGGAAUGAGUUCAAGCGAAUUUACUCCUUCAGGCAAAGUCAACGGAAGGACACAGGUAAGUCUUUCUUUGCCAGCGCAAAUGUGAACCAAGGUGGAGCCUUAAAAAGUGCCAUGACUUCAAAGCCCCACAACCCAAUAACCUGGUCAAUAAGGGCAACGCUGGAGCUUGUAAGAGCACAAGCGACAAUUGCUGCUACCAGGCCGGGCCGUAUUUUGGAAGUUCAAAAGCACUUAAGAGCUGCCGGCUUUGACUUUUCACUCGAAGAGAUUAUCACAAAACUGAGUGAGCGAGGUGUAAUGAACUCUAUAAACGAUCUCCAGAGGAUGCUAGAAAGAGAACAGUUAAAACAAAGGCAAUUGGGUCAAAAUGGACAAAAUGCUACUCAUUUGCAAGGAUUUGACAUUUCUAAUGCUCAGAGAACGCCUUCCUUACCUGGAACUCAAGCUCCAUCUAGUCAAGCCCCAUCUAGUCAACCAGUGGCAUCCAGUCAACCAGUACCAUCUACGCAGACUCAGCCAGCUCAGUCCGUUUCGACAAAGGCAACCAAUGGCUUGCUGGGGAACAAACCUGAUGUGCCUUCGGCGACUUCUGCCUCACAAGUCCCAUCAACCCAACCUGAGAAAAAGUCACCACAAGCAGACUCAGUGAAGCAACCAGCAGCAAGUUCGCUGACUGCAAGAAGUCCGUCAAGUGAUUCAGAUUUACCAAAAGGUGUAAGACGGGUCAGCGCUAACGUGGGACAGAAACCGAAUCACUUCGAUAAUCUUAUAGCUAAGGUUACGGAUGCAGUUCGUCCCAACUGGCAUUACUUGAAUCGUUUCAAAAAUCUUCCUGUCACAGCAUUUUGGGACUAUGACAAAAACUUGACCAUCACAUCCACCGUUGAUCACAUUAGUCAAAUUUCUGAAAACACCCAAAACCCGACCGAGAGAGUGGCAAGGGCAAACCUUAUAAAAUUGAUUAUGCUCCGCUUUUUACGAAAACAUCUGAUCAUCGUGACAGAAGAGUAUCUCGAAGCCAGACUCAUCAAAAUGAUGGAGAAGGACGUCUUUGAUGCCGCUGCUUGUCGCUUGAUUAAUGAUCAAAUCAUGAAAAAAUAA